AUGAGUCCAGCGUCUCACGCUGUUCAAAAUGAUACUUUUAAUGUGAUAAUGAACCCGAGCCUGUCAGCGGACGGCACGUGGACCCCCACCUACUGGCCCGUGCACACGGCCUACGGGCGCGAGUACCUCACGCUCGACGUCAACACGUCGGAGACAGGCCGCGGGCCGCGCCUCAAGCAGUGCGCCUUCUGGAAGAAAAGCUCUACGAAAGUAAUACAAUAA